AUGUCCCCACGUCGUUCUCUGCGUCCUCGCGCCAUGCGCGCAACUCCCCAGGAACCGGAUUCUAACAUGGAAACCAGGUCGAACAGACUCACUCGCUCCUCCACGAACUCCUCUCCUCCUGUGACGAUAUUCCGAGCCCCAGUUUCUCCAGGCCAACUAGGGAAGUCUCUCCGUUUGAUCAUCAAGAUGCGUUCAAGCAAGCUCCGCGAGGCGACCAACGCAUCAAAACGCAACAUUUUCACGGAAGACCCUAUCGUGAUCGGACCACGCACGAGCCGUCCGAGAAAGAAGCUGGUGGAGAUUAAUACGAGCGAUGAAGAAAAUUUGAGUGACCAAGAAGAGGACGAGGUUGAUGACGACGACGCAGCCGGUGAUGAGGACGAGGAUGCCGACGCUGAUGGUGAUUUAGACAUGGACGAUGCACCGCCUCAGCCACCAUCUAGACGACAUGCGAGGGCGGCUGCGACUUCUACGCCGUCUCGAAGACAAGUCAAGAGCGUUGAGGCCAAGGAGAUGGAGGUAGAAAAUGAUGAUGAUGGUGAUGAUGAUGAUGAUGAUGAUGAUGAUGAACUGUCUGAGUUGGGUUCGGAUGCAGAAGGCGAGCCUGACGACGAUGGAAAUGCAGAAUUAGACGAGGAAGAUGAGGAGGGCCUUGACAGUGAUGACGCCAAUGCAGACAUCGGCAAAAUGACAAAACGGCAAAGAGGGUCAUUGGGCAACGACUUUUUGCAGCUGCCAAUGGAACCCCAGAUAAAGAAGCAUUUGACGGCUGAAGAGCGUGCCAUGCGUCGUGCUGAGAUGGCACGACGGCGGAAGAACCUCAGCGAGAAGCGCAACGAGGAAGAAAAGAUGGACACGAUUAACAGGCUGUUGAGAAAACAACCCCCCAAGAAGCGAGGUCGCGGCGCCGCUGAAGGGGCAGACGCUACUCCUGGCGAACAAGAAGCACAAGAGCUCCAGAAACAGAAAGCGGAUCCUACCAUGAUCAGAUGGGUUAGCAAUCGUCAGGGUAGCCAGUUGAGUGUUCCUGAGGAAUGGCUCGGUACUCCUGCAGGGCGUCUGCUUGGGGAAAAUCAAACGGGGUCUAGGAAACUUGUUGAGGAGGUCUGA